AUGGUGGCCCCCCCCAGCGCGGCGGCCGAGGGAGUCGGCUUCAUGGAGGAGCUCGUGAAGUGCAGCGAGCAGGAAGCGUGCGAGUACAAAACGAACAUCAAGGUGAAGAUAGGAAACAACCAAAAGAUCCUCCUGCUGGUGAGGCACAAAAAGGAGGAGUACUACGUAGUUCUGCACCAAACGAAAUUUAUCGUGGCCUACCCCAUGGUGUACAGGACGUUGGCCCCACAGAAAUCCAUUUACAGCUAUAAGGAAUUCUUCGAGCCAGGAGUAGACACCAUAGAUGCGCAGAACAAAAAGGGGAAAGACAAAUGUGAGAGCUACGACUUCAGCGCGUUUGAGCAAAUUAAAGUCCCAUCCUUCGAAGGGUUCAACGAUAAGCCGUUUUCCCUCUGCUGUUCCUGUUACGACUUGCCGCACUCAUACGAAUCCAUAAAUGCCUUGUACAAAGGAAUCCCCAAAAAAAUGGAGCUAGACUGCCCCGAUAGAGACACCAUUAUGAGGGACCCCAAGCAAGAGAGACUCGUAUCUGUAAAGAAAGCUCUGCGGCAUGUCCUCCCCAUGUAUGCCCUCUUCAAAUUCAAAAACGACGUGAACAUUUUCCUCGUCUUUAACAUCACGGUUAUGAAGAAGAAGAGAACCUUCAACGAUUACUUCCAAAUGUAUAGAGACAAAACAGAGCUAGAAAAAAUGACUUACAGGUAUGUAAUUAGCGAAUCUGCAAAACCGAUAGAGCUGUUUGAUAUGAAGUACAUUCACAUCACUCACUCGUCUUCUGCUUUUGAUAAUGUGUCGAUUCCAUCUCUCCAUAAUAACUACCUAUUGUAUCCCUUUUACCCUGAAGAAUUAUAUGGGAUCAAAUAUGGGACCCUAGAUUAUGGGUGCUCCUAUAAUAAGUCCUUCAAUUUUGAGUGCAUUGAGAAUGACCAAGAUAGAUGCAAGUAUACGGAUUCUACCUGUCUCAGUAGAUCCCUUUUAGUUCCUAAAAACUACGUUUCAGAUGACUCUUACGCUGCUUGUGGGCUGAUUGGCUACAAUGAUUAUACCGUUUCGAAGAGGGAGUCCUGCAUGGAAGACGCGGAGUGUAUUUCGAACACUGUGGAGUCCUACCUAAAUAAAGCACAGGAACUUACCAAGGGGAUUGAAGAAACGGUGACCAAGCUGCCCAUCAUAAAUGGCAAGUACCCUCACUACAUCUUUAGGAAGAAGAAUUAUACCCAAAAUUCUGAAGAUAAAAGGACCGUCCGUUUUUUUAAGGACGGAAACGUGGAGCACUUCAUCGCCUAUGAGUACUACAAGGAGGAUCGCACCGAAUUCACCAUCAGCUUGUUUAACAAUAAGCCGCAGCAGGUGAUGCGUGCAGUAGACACGCAGAUGCUGUCUGCACAGAGGGAGCACACCCUAAGGGAGGAGCAAAAGCCGCUAGAAGAACCGGAACCCCCAUUCGAUGCCAUCGUCUUCCAGCUAGAAACGCUAAACGAGCUCAGAAUCAUCAACAUCCUCUAUUCAGACCAGUGCGAUGAGCAGAACACGCAGAAGUGCGGAGUCCUUGUGCAUGUGUGGAACCCCUCCAUGGAAAAAAUUAAGGCUAGACUGAAGCUACAGUGCAUCAUUAAUUCGAAUGAGAAAUAUGUAGAUGAGAAGAACCUCAUUUAUGAUGAGGGCAAGUACCAGUUUUUGUUUUUUUUUAAAGUCCCCUUUCUUAAAUAUACCUCUCUUCGCAACUGCAGUGUGCACGCCUAUGGGGCGUUUAAACUAUACGACGCGCAAACCUACGUAGUUAGAAAACGGGGGCUCAUAAGGAAAUUUUUUUACCAUCAGCCUAAGGAGACUAGCGGCAUGCAGGUGUAUUCCGAGGGCAUACAGAAGGUUACCUGCUGCAUGGAGGAGCCCCACAUCUGCAACAUCAAAAACAUCCCACACUGCAUCACGGCGGAGUCCCUGAAUGUGCUCCACGUCUUCCUCUUCUUUGUCCUCCUCGUCCUUGUCUUUGUGGUGUUCCUCACGGGCAACGCCCGCAAGAAGAGCUCCAACCCCAGCAGCGCCGCCGCGGACGACGCGGACGACGCGCCCUCCAGGUGACCCCCCGCGGAGCGAGGGUAGCCCCGCAAAUGCGCAGCCCUGCAAGGGGGGAGCCCUACAAAGGGGUAACCACGCAAACCGCUUUACCGCUUAACCGCUUAACUUGUUCGCACCCCAAAGGGACAUCCCCAAAAAAACUUCACUUGUGCAACUCCCCCAAUUUUAACUGCC